CCAACACUACUACAUGCAAAAAUUUUCCUUUUCGGUCCAAGAUUGUUAUAAAAUUAUUACAUCAAAAUUGGAAAUACCAAAAACCAAAAAAUUAAAUAAAUAAACCAUUAACUUAUUGAUAUGAUAUAAAUAAAAUGAAGACAAGUGAAAAGUUACAAAUUAAAAGCUUUAUCUAGAAGAUAUUCUUAUUAAACUAGUGUGAUGAAGUGAAGCACAUUUUGCACAUUCGCUGCCUAUGUCUGCUGACUGUGGCCCAAAGAUAAAGCUAACUAUUAAAAAUAUAUUGUUUAAAGCUUGUGUGUGGGGAUCAAGCACAGCUCGAGCUCAUCAUACAAACUCGAAUUGACUCUGGUGUUGUGACGAAAGCAAAACCUCGUCUUGGACUUGAGCUCUGCGGCAACUGCAGAGAGAAAUCAAAUCACUUAACACUGUGGUGUUAGCUGUGGUCCGGAGAUUCGGUCAUAAGCACUUGGUCGGUACUACCGAAAGCAUUCACUUCGUCGAUUAAAUCUUUUUUUUUAAAGUCCGGUAAAAGGUUUCCAAGUUAAACCAAAAAAAGAUUUAAUAAAUAUAUAAGUCGUGGUUUUAAACUUGAGAGAGUUUGGUGGAUUGUCCGUUCGAGUGAUCUUUUAUAUAUAUUUUGAACUGACUGACUGACAGUGUGGUUGUCUUACGGGGUUCCACUAUAUAUCGCCGCAAGUGUCUUGUGCAUUACUUUCUUUUUUUAUUUUUCGUCUUUUCUUCUUGAAUUUUGUUUGAUAUUGUCAUUUCUUUGGGGGUUUCUCUUCUCUUUUAUAAACGGUUACAACCUUUUUUAAGACAAACUUUAUACUUUUUUAAGAAGAGGAUAAUAAUAUGGCUUGUUUCGGGAGUUCUAGUCUCAGGUGCAUUCGCCGUUCGCAGGCAGAUACAUUUUUGUGUCAUUUAUUUUUAAAUCGAAGCGUUGUCGUGAAUAAAACUACUUCUUCGAGAUAUUUGUUAGCAUCAGCAAGGGAUCUAUCAUUUACUAGAUCCUUUCAUAGUUCACGGGAGUCAAGGAGUUCAUUUGAGGAUUCUACAUCUAAUAAUUUUCACUCAAAGACACAAAACACAAGAACGCUAUCACCACAUUCUUCCGUCAAUUCAAAUACGUGCCACAGAAAAUAUAGCUCAGUUCAUACACAACUACCAGUUGGAUCCGUCCCCGAAGCACAAGUUGAUCCUUAUAUUCUUUUGGAUGAUCAAUUGAAAUAUUUUUACGAUGAUGUGAGACAGAUAUUGCGGCAGAGUACGAGUCAAAUUGAAUUGGAAACAAUUGCAACAUAUUACUUUGAUGGACAAGGUAAAGCACUACGGCCAAUGGUAUCACUGUUAAUGGCAAGAGCAAUAAACUACCAUUUAAACAAAGAAUCAAGACAAAUUCUAUCAAUGCAAAGACAAAUAGCGCUAUUUUCAGAAAUGGUCCAUUCAGCGAGUUUAGUUCAUGAUGAUGUAAUAGAUCAAUCAGACUUCCGACGAGGAAAACCCAGCGUAAAUGCCUUAUGGAAUCACAAAAAGGUUACAAUGGCUGGUGAUUAUAUUCUUUCAGUGGCAUCCAUAAUGAUAGCACGUUUGGGAAAUAACGAUGUGACGAUUAUACUCAGUCAGAUUUUGGCAGAUCUAGUCCAGGGUGAAUUUAUGCAGCUUGGUUCAAAGGAAACGGAAAACGAACGGUUUGCACACUAUCUUACAAAAACAUACAGAAAGACAGCUUCCUUGAUAGCAAACACACUUAAAUCGACAGCAGUAAUUGCGGGAGCGGACGAUCACAUAGCUGAAAUCGCAUUCCAAUACGGAAGAAAUAUUGGUUUAGCAUUUCAAUUGGUUGACGAUAUGUUAGACUUUGUCUCAUCAACAGAAACAAUGGGAAAACCAACUGCUGCUGACUUAAAACUAGGAUUGGCAACGGCGCCGGUAUUGUUUGCAUGUGAAAAGUAUCCUGAACUUAAUCCAAUGAUAAUGAGACGUUUUAAUGAACCUGGCGAUGUUGAACGAGCAUUCGAUUUAGUUCACAAAUCUCAUGGCCUCGAACAAACAAGAUUUUUAGCUAAAAAACAUUGUAUUGAAGCGAUGCGACUGGCUCAAGAAUUGACUGAUUCACCAUACCAAAAGGGUCUUCAAGUUGUCGGAGAUUUAGUUAUAAAUCGUAUGAAAUGAAAAUAAAAAAUAUGUCAUUGUCAAUUAAAUAUUCUUCUUCUGUUAAGUUGUGGAUUAUGUAAAUAAUUUAAAUUUAUAAUAUAAAUAUAUAUUUAUAAACAAAAACAAACACAAAACAUGAAAACACAAAAAAUUACGAAACUUAAAAAAAAAAACAAAAAAAUGCAAUGUUAUAGGUGUUAAUUAUUUUUUUGUUAUUCAAAAUGGAUAAUGUAAAAAUUAUAUAAUAUAUUUAACAGGGAACCCAGUCUAUGUAAAGAAUAGUUUUUAU